AUGGAUAAACCCCGGAGACCUUCGUCGCCUCAUGUGAACUUCUACAGGAGCUUCGGUCGUCCAAUUGGGAAGGUCUUCCUUGGGGCCGUGGUGACUUAUCAAACCAUUUACUGGAUAUGGGUGAAGCUCGAAACGGACGAGAUCAAGGACAACAAGAGAAAAGAAAUAUCAGAUCUGGAGGCCAAAGUACGAAGAAUGCAAGACAAACCCUAG